AUGGUCGUCAACACUCCCGCUACCUGCUGCCGCUCCGGCGACAACGUUGAGUGCGCCUGUGCUCAAAAGGCUACCUGCUCUUGCGGUCAAAAGUCCGCUCUCCAGUGCACAUGCGCCAAGGCCCCUGUCGAGAACACCGUCAACGGACCCCGAUGCUCAUGCCGUGCUCGUCCCGCUGGCGAGUGCACCUGCGACCGUGCUGCUACCGAGAACGCUACUCCUAGCGGUGCUACAUGCGCUUGCGGAUCUCGUCCUGAGGGUGGCUGCACUUGUGAGAAGGCUGCCGAUGGUGGCUUCAACCCUGCCAACGAGAUCGAUUUCACUACCAAGAAAUAA